AUGGUCGUCGACGCCCUUAUCUACCACCCGCUGGUGUCGCAUUACAACAAGUUCGUCGCAACAACCGUCGGCCGCGACAAGACCCUCCGCACGAUCCAAUACUUCUCCCGCUUCCUCGCCUGGUACACCUACCGCACCAACCACCCACAAGCCACCGUCGCCCUCUUCGACAAUCUUAAGAAGAACUUCAGCAACGUGCGGAAAUGCCUGCGCCUCGGUAAAUUCGUCGAGCACUUCAAAGCGGCCGCCGUCGCCUCGGACAGCAAGUCCUUGGACCCCGUGUUGAAGUACCUGGCCGUGGGCCGGCAGCUGGGAUACGCGUUUUACCUGUCGUUUGAUGCGUUGACGUAUGUGGAUCAAGUGGGGAUAAGGAAGUUUGAGGGCGCGGCGCGGUUGCAGAAGGAGGCCUAUCGGGCGUGGUUGGCGGGGUUGUUGUGUAAUGUUGCCGCCGGGGUGUAUACGUUGUACAAAAUGCAGGGAGAGAUGAAGAGGCAGGGGGAGAGCGGGGAUGCGGAGAAGCAUGUGGAGGUGAAGAGGCUUGAGAGAGAGCGGACGGCGACACAACUCCAACUUGUGUCUGACCUGUGCGACGCAACUGUUCCGAGCAGCGCGCUCGGCUAUGCCAACUUCGACGACGGUAUUGUGGGAUUGGCUGGGACGACGAGCAGUUUGAUCGGCUUGACUGCUCAAUGGGCGAAGACUGCGUAG